AUGGGGCCGUGUGCGCAUGUGGAGUUUGACUGUGGAGGUGCACUUGUGUCGGACGGAAAUAAUCAACUACGGUGGAAUAAAGUGAAGGUGAGAGAGAGGAAUAUUGGGUUUGGCGUGGAUUUUUUCAAAGGGGUUGCUGUUUGGAAUGCUUUCACGAGGAGUGGAGUGGUGUGGAGGUUCUAUAUUGGUAAGGUGGUUAAAAAGUCUUCUAAGAAGCUUUUUGACGACGACGUCAUCUUCCGGUAA